ACUGGGUUUUUAAAAGAUUUGGUUUGGGAGAAGAAAACGAGCUUCCCCGGGGGUCCUCCUUGUUUUGACACAUCUUCUAACCACAAGAGAGCAGUCUUCCCUUUGAUGAGCGCUUCCCUCCACCUCCCCAGAAAUGAAAGAGCAAGUGUAAGUUUGCAAACACUCUAAAAGCUCUUUCCAUUAGACCUGGACGCCGGAAACCACGGGGCAGUCAAGUCUUGAUUUUCAAGGAGAAAGCCUCGGGUAAACUUUCGCUCCCCGCCAGGAGACCGGUAGGUUCCUAGGAAGAGUUCUCAAACCUUCAAGAUUCCUAGGCUGCUUGCAAAAAAAAAAAAAAAAAAACCCUCAUCUCUUGAAGCCCCAGAACGGUGUAUUACAGGAAUUGAAAAGCGUUGGUGGCUCUGGAUGAUUACUGUUUGGUGUGCGCCCACAUAUCCAGGCUAGGGGAACGAGCAGAGGAGCCCCCCUUUCUUAUCUUUUGAAAUAAGAUCAGAGGCGAAGACGGGAAUUCAAGAGUGGAUUGGCGCGGGGGAGGAGGGUCCUGUAUCUGUCUACCACUUCUGGCCUGGAUUUUUAUAGCGAUCGAGGAGUGCAGUGAAUUUCGGAAGCCAUGCAAAGUUUCCUUGAAGCCUGUUCUGGAACCUAGUUUCCAGACCCCAAAAGAACUUUUCCAAAGACAGACCAGCGGUGCCAGGCUGUUUGGAUGGACCACAAUCUGGAUGAGACCAGGUUUUAAGCCUCAUUUUCGGUUGAGAGAUUAAUUUCUUGAGUGAUCUAUUUGCUUUUCGGCAAAUUGAUGGAGAAACGGAAGUCAGCCGGACUGCUGGGCCUUCAGUAUGCGCUGCGCACCGCGCCCCUGGGCGUGCCAGGGACCCUGCCUCUGCUCCCGCCGAGGGACCCCUUCAGGGUUUCAGUGCGUCUGGACGCCGCGUGCUGGGAGCGGGCGCAGCGGGGCUGCGCGCGGGGACGGCCGCGCCCCCCCACACCGCUGCGCGGCGCCCUGGAGCCCGCCUUCCUCCGCCAGCGCAACGAGCGCGAGCGGCUGCGGGUGCGCUGCGUGAACGAGGGCUACGCGCGCCUCCGAGACCACCUGCCGCGGGAGCUGGCCGCCCGGCGCCUCAGCAAAGUGGAGACGCUGCGCGCCGCCGUCAGCUACAUCAAGCACCUCCAGGAGCUGCUGGAGCGCCACGCGCGCGGACACGAGGGCCCGGCCGGCCCCCAGCGCAGGGCCGAAUGCAACAGCGACGGCGAGUCCAAGGCCUCGUCGGCGCCCUCGCCCUGCAGCGAGCCGGAGGGUGCGGGCUAGCGCCCCGACCUCCCGGCCUGGCCCGGCCCCGCGCCCCCCGCCGCCGCCGGGGCAGCCUGGACUCCUCUCCAAACGCGCUUCGCAUUUUUAAUCUGGUUUCUUCUCCGGGCCUAAAUCUUAGGAAAAAUAAGUGAUUUGCUUAUGGGGAAAAGGGGGCCUGCCAUUUGGGGGCUUUUUCCCCCGCGUCCUUUUUGCUUACGUGCCGGCGACUUAGAGGUGCUUUUAGGGAAUUUUUUUCCCCUUAUUUUUAAACGCAAAUGCAAACUGUUCCAGGUUCUGAGCGCCUCGUUCUAAAUAGGAUUAUUCUGACGACUCAGGGCGGUAAGAAGUGGAAUUUCCCACAGUUCGUGAUAUGGGUUAAGUUAAACAUUAACCCAAGAACGUUACCCUCACCCUACCCCCCCACCCACCCACUCCCCCGCGCGCGACCGUCCUUUAGGUGAGAGGACCAUUCUCCUUGCACUCCUUACUUUGGAAAUUGCUUCAGAAAUCUAAUUGGCAUGGCGCUUUGGGGGAAGGCGACUCUGAGCCGAAGUCCUAGGGCACGCUGCAGGACUUCAGCACACACCAAUGAAUCUGUAAAUGAUGGUCCAGCCAGGACAUUCUGUUUGGUGCACACUGUUUUUAAUCAAUAAGUGGCUACUUGAAAACUUCGUAGCAUUUAACCAACAGUACGUCUUGGUGUUAACGAGCUCUUUGGAAGAGAACCCAGAUUUGUAUGACUUCUUUUCCCACUCAGACGCUUUUGUGUUCACCUUUGUAGUUCUCACUCCACCUAAGAAUCUGAUUAAAGUGACACUGGGACUUUAAAAUAAAAUGAAAAUAUA